UUGUUCCAGUCACGUUUGAUCUGCAUCUUUAGGUCUGCACGUCUGGCUUGCUAUAUCUGAACUGACCAAACUUCAAGGCGUACGUUUCAUAACAGCACAAAGCUGCCCCAGACCUCCUAUCUCUGAGCCAUGUUGAUAAUACUAGCUUUCAUCAUCCUCUUCCAUGUCAUCUCAGCUACACUGCUCUUCAUUGCAACAAUAAAUAACGCCUGGUGGGUAGCAGGAAAUGCUUACACUGAUCUGUGGUACACCUGCAAUAGCAGUUGCUCUGCAGUUCAGAACAGCGAAUCUCACACAGCAGGCUACCUCCAGGCUGUGCAGGCAACAAUGAUACUGGCCACCAUCCUUUCCUGUGUUGGUUUCUUUGUAUUCAUCCUGCAGCUUUUCCGUCUGAAACAAGGAGAGAGAUUUGUCUUUACUGCAGUCAUUCAGCUGCUGUCUUGUCUUUGUGUUAUGAUUGGAGCUUCAAUUUAUGCAGCUCAGCAUGAAAGCUUCCAAACAGAAGAGUUCAAAGAUGGGAAUUAUGGUUACUCCUUUGUCCUAGCCUGGAUUGCUUUCCCUGUUUCUCUGAUCAGUGGCCUGAUGUAUCUAAUCCUGAGAAAACGCAAAUAGAUCACCUCAAACAAACACCUCACCAGAAGUAAUAAACUGCAACUAGGUGGAUGCAACAGAUGUUUUGUAUAUACUUUUUUAUGUAUAAUGAACAUACAGUGACAAAUAAUAAAAAUACAUUUUACAAAGACUGAAGAAAUGCAAUAGUAGCAUACUGGAAACAUAUUAAACCAGAAAUUGUAUUAUGUAGACUUUUAACCCUUAAAUAUAUCAUUUUUAUCCCCGUUCUGUGAAAACACGUUAUGCUGUGAUGGAAAAGCUUGCAAGCUGGUAACGAAGACUUCUGAACACAUAGAUGAAAGUUAUGAGGCUUCACAGAAAAUGCAUUUGUGUAAAACCACUAGACAGUUUUAAAAUUUAGAGGACUUACACUUGGGUAAGUUUUGGAAUUGUCCCUCAUGGCAAACAGAAAAUGGACCAUUUUAUGAUUACUGUCAAGCAUGUAUCUGGCAGUGGUCAUCUUCACUGUAAUGAAGUGCCUUCAUGAUUACCAUGGUGAAAUAAGAAAUCCAUUUUAAUAAAUGUGCAGCCAAAUUUGCAGAUCACUACAUCUUACUUGAAAAUAAAGUUAAAGGUGGAGGGUUGGUGUUUCUAUAGAUCACUCAAUAAAAUGUAGUUUGGGUACUUGUCUAUCUGUUAUAUUCAACUGACAGCAUGAACUAGUACAGUACUAUUAAAAAUGCAAUCCAUUCCAUCAUUUUUUUCUGGAGGAAUAUUUUCACAUUUGCUUCAGACCAAAUUUAUUGAGCAGCUAUUGUGACCUAAAGUUGUAUAUUUCAAAGGUUCUUGUUCUGCAUUGGAAGUUUGUGUUUACAUAUGAAGCAGACUAUUGUAUAAAAAGUGAAUUUAAACAAUGAAGUUGCCUAUUGGAGGAGACCCAAAUAUGUGGAAGUUGUGCGAACGAGGAGGCCUGACAGUCUGAAUGGCACUGACAGCAGGUGAAACAGAGGCCUGAAUUGUGGCAGCCAUCUCCUCUUUGGCUUAAUCUUAAUUCCUUCAUUUAUGAAGCUCUGCUGUUCAGGUUAAUUGCUCUUAAUCAGUCAUACAGUACAUACACAGGAAGUGAAUUUUGUACAGAAUAAUCAUUUUGGGGGUAUUAAUUUGUUAUUCAUGUAGUCUAGUAUUUGUAGUCCUAGAAGAGGAAAACAACAACAAAUAGUGAAUUUAAA